AUGGACAAUAUAUAUUAUUGCCACCAUUGUCGAGAACCAGUUAGUUUAAGCGCAACCGAUAUUGUAUGUUCUAAAUGUAAUGGUGGAUUUGUUGAACCUCUACAAGAUUAUUAUGCAAAUAAUCCAAAUGGACCAAGAGGUAUUCCUUUGUUUACUCAAAAUAUACCUAGUGGAAGUGGUAUAAGAAAUGCCACAGCAAUAUUUGGUUUCCCUACAAAUGGUUCUUCAUUUGGUUUUGGUACAGCACAUUUAUCUACUUCUGGUGUAAAUGGUGAACCUUCAGGUUCUAAUAAUUCAGGAUCUACAUCUACAAAUAGAAAUGAUAAUUUAUCAUUUACUGAUAUAUUAAAUGUUUUACAAAGAAAUUAUGGACAAAAUGUGACAAGAAAUAAUCGAGGUUCUACAAAUAAUACUACAACUCCUGGAACUGAUAGUGAAGUUCACCAAGAUAAUGAAAAUACCACUAAUACACAUCAAUCAGAUGUGUCAUCAGAACAAAAUACAGAAGGAACAAAUCCUAGAACUACAAAUAAUAGUAAUGGUCAACCUAAUAGUGAACAAAACAAUUCAAAUGUUCUUGUUAACUUUAUUGAUAGUAUAAUUCGACGAAUUAUUCCUGCUCCACGAUUUAAUAUAAACAUUAAUAAUUCAGAAAUUCCAACACCUCCUAAUACAACGAAUAAUUCUGAAGCAUCAACUACUAAUGUUACAAAUGCCAAUAAUAGUCCAAAUCACCAAGAAAGAAAUGAUGGAGAACAAAAUCAACAACAACAACGUACUACAAGAUUUGCUGAUUUAUUGGGUCAAUUAAAUAAUGCAUUUAAUAGAAGAAAUCAACAAAAUCUUUCUGAUAGCGAGACAACAGCUAAUGUUUCUGUUUCUCAGUCAAAUAAUAACCAUGAGAACAAUGAUAAUUCUUUAUCAGGAACAACAGAGGGAAGAGAAAAUACUGAAGAUGAAAAUAGGAGAGAUGAACAGGAUGGAACAGGAAGAAGACCAGAAAUUGGACAAUUAUUUAUAAGGUUUCAAGAAAAUACCAAUGGAAUUGUAUUAAAUGUUACUCCUGAUGAUGUUAAUGUAUCUUUAUCUACGGAAGAUCUUAUAAAUGAUUUGACAGAAGCUCUUCGUAAUGCUACCUCUACAGGUGGUGAAAAUUUGACAACUGAAAUAAAUACAGCAACAUUUCAAAAUGUUUUACGUGACAUAACACGAUUAAUGUCUGAUCCACAAAGUGGAAAUGUUUUAAAUGUAUCUAGAAAUGGUAUUACACUAGGUAUUGCACCAAAUGAAAAUGUUUUUGAGGGAAUUCUUCGUAUUGUAGAAAAUAUUGACGAAGUAGCAAAUGCUAGAAGAAACAGACUUUCAGAUGUAGAGAUAGCUCGUAUACCAAUUGUUGAGGUAACAGAAGAACAAGAAAAAAAUGAAUCCCAGUGUACAGUAUGUAUGGAUAUAUUUGUAAAAAAUGAACUUGUUUACAAACUAGCAUGUAAACAUAUAUUUCAUAAACAAUGUCUCAACCCAUGGGUACAAUCACAUAGGUCAUGUCCUGUUUGUCGUCAAGAGAUAAAACCAUAUGAUUUUCCAGAUGUAGAAGCUGAAGAAAAUUAUACAGAUGAUAUGGAAUUAGAUUAA